AGGGAAACACGCUUGGGAAGUGGACAUAUAUGCGCUGCCGAAGUUUGAACGGGCGUCCUGGUACGGCAUUCUGUUCUACAACCUCAGCCUCACGCUCAGCAGAAUCUCGAUCAUCCUUCUCUACAAUCGCAUCUUCACCUACACCUGGAUCAGGCGGGCCAUCCGGGUCGUCUUGAUACUCGUCAUCGCCAUCGGCAUCUGGCUUGUCGUAUGCCUGUCCUCUCCUCUCUGAACCUACCUCGAAGGCAAAAGUAUGCAAUUAUCGGCGUAUUCGCCCUCGGUUUCUUUGUCUGCAUCAUCUCCAUUGUCCGUCUCGUCACUCUUAUCGACAUCACCAGGUCGCGAUCAUUGGACGCCGUGUACACCGGCACCAACUUGGUCUACUGGACCACCGUCGAAGUCAACGCGUCCAUCACCUGCGCCUGCAUUAUGACGCUCAAACCCCUCAUUCAGCGUGUCUUCCCGCAACUCCUCUCUCCAAGCAAAGGCGUCCGCGAGCCCCCCACUCUCCAAUGGAUCACGCCCAUCGAACACGACGGUGACAACGACGGUGACAACAACGAUUACGACGACCACCGCCGCGAAGGCAUGCAACGCAUCCACGACGACAACAACUGCCGCCAUCCACACUACGCGACGGCCGGCCCCCUGACGAGGCGGGAAAGCCACACGUCCGCCCACACCGCCCAGACACGUCGCGGCAGCGUCGGCGUGGGCCUUUACCAUAACAAUCACCACCAUGAGGAGACGCUCGAGAAAUCGCGCUACUAUCACAACUUCACCGCGGCGCCGAAGAAGGAAAGCAACGGCGCCGACUACGACCUCGACCGUGACCUCGACCUCGAGGCCCAGCGCACGUGCAGCAACUGCAGUCCGGUGUCGUGGGGGUGGCCGUGGCCGGCGAGCGAGGACGGGCCGCCAAUGCGCGCGGACGAGAGCGGUGGCAGUGGGAUGCGUAGAAGGAGGAGCAGGAGCAGGAGCAGGAACAGGAGCAGGAGCAGCACCAGCACCGGCCGCAGUCGCAGCAGCGACAGCAGUAGUAGUAAUAGCAACAGCAGCAGCAGCGCCGAUGUGCCACCUGAGACGGGAGAUCGGCAAACAGCAAGAGGACGGGCUGAGAAGGCCGGGGGACGGGAAAGAGGGAGAGCGAGAGGCGCUGAAGGGCACAACACGCCGCCGUUGGACUCGGAACUGGCGAGGUAUGUGCUGCGGGCACCGCCGCGGGCGCAUUUGCGGAAACCGCCGCCACCACCCCCGACGCCAGUAUCAGUGAGGUCAGAGCCGUCGACGGUGGAGAAUCCAGGAUACGGUCCGAAAUCGGGUUCGACCACGUCAGGGUCCGGGGACGGGAUUAGGGAGAGUUGGAGGGAAGUAGUAGAGUUGCGGGAGGGGACGGCGAGAAGGUUUCCGCUGAAGACUGGGGUUGGAAUGGAACGAUGCAAAGAGGCGGCGGGUACGGGCCGGGACCGUGCUCAGGAAGGCCGUGGGCAAAGGGAUUGAUUGGGUGUCUCAAUCCAGCUGUCUUGGUGACGAAUUCUCUCCCCUCCCUGUCUGCCUUCCCCUGUCGGAUGGCCUGGAUCGUGUUGUUUGGGGCUCAGGAAAAUGGUUCUACGGACUGCGGUGUCUUUGCCGACUUGGCGUUUGGUAACGGGAAAUGGAAGGGAGCGGCUGGUGGUAUUAACAUGAUGCGACAUGAUUGGGAACGGAUACGCAUGAUACCAUUCUUGCUUAGUUAUUCUGCAUAAUAAUUACCAUUUUGUUCAUGUAGUC